AUGUUUCAAUCGAGCCAAAGGAGUACCAGAUCACAAAGCCGCUCUCAAAUAGAUAUAAGGAGUUCGAGUGGAUCUCUAAAUAUCAAGAAACCCAAUCCAGGGAGCUCUAGUUCUAAGAAUGACAACGAUGAAAUAUAUCAAAAACUCCAGAAGGAAGUAGACAGACUCAAAAUGACUCUAGAUAACAAAGAAAGGGAACAAGAAGACAUGAUGAACCAAUUUCUAUCAGAAAUAGAAUGUUUAAAAAAAGGGAAUGAAGAGAAAGAAAAGUAUAUUCUUCAGUUGCAGAAAAGAUCCAAAGAUUUCGAAGAUGAAGUAUACCACGCUGAAGAGUCGCUCUUGAAUGAAUCACACAUGCAUAAAAAAACGAUAGCUGAACUUAAUGAAGAAAUAAAAAAUCUGAGCGAAAUGAAUGAUCUCUUACAAGAAGAAAAUAGUGCUUACCAAGAUAAUAUCACCAAACUGGAAAAUGAAAUGAAGGAGUUUAGAUCUAUUAGAGAAAAUAUGUUGACGUCUAUCGAGGUUCUCACUACGGAUAACGACCAAUAUUCUAGAGAGCUCAUGAAACUCAGGAGUGAAGUGAACAUAUUCAAAAGACAGAAACUUGAGGGGAAGAAGGGAGUCGAAAAUAUGGUAGAUAGAAUAGCAACAAUUAGUCAAGACAUAGUGAAAACCAGAGUUUUAAAUAAUGCACUGCCUGACCCAAACACUUUGAAAGAAAGUGUAUCGGUGAAGAACAUUCUAAUUGUGGCUGGAUACCAAGGCAAACUGUUAGGGAAUUUCAUGCGAAAUCAAAUAAAUAAUGAUUUUUUAGUACAGUCUGUAAUAAAACCAAACUGUAGUGUAGAGGAAUUGAUAUCGACUGCUUUGAACAAUUCAAGAUCUUUCACUAAACAUGAUAGCGGAAUGCAGGAGCGGGCCCAGAGGAUCAGCAGGAGCAGGAGCGCCCCCCGCAGAGGCUCUCCCCGCCGGCCCUGCAUCAUCGUCACUCGACGCACUCACAUGAUCCUGCGGCCGCCACUCGACUCACCAUGCUGCGAGGCACUGACGCGCCGUAAACGACGCCUGACGACGCCAGGCGACAUCGCGGCGCUGCCUCUACCGCCGCAGGACUCACGCAGGAGCGGUUAUGCAGUCGAGCGGCUGCGCACUGGACUAACCAUCCAAGGCCAGGACGCAUUCAAAGGGUUCCUCAUCCAGGGCAGAGAUGUCGCCACUAACGAAUGGAUAGGCAACUGGAUCGAAGCUCCUAACACCAAAGUUCACCCGGAGUGCAGCGCCAUCACUCACGCCGAUCCCAGACCAAAGCAAUCAGCCACGUUGAUCUGGCAGGCUCCUGCGAAUUCUAGGCCAGGACAAGUCUAUUUCACGGGCACUGUAUUGAAGGAAUACUCCCAGUUUUGGUCAGAUAUGGUGUCACAAGUUGGAGUAUAG